AAAAAUGGCAGUGAAUUGUCAAUUUUACGUCAAUAUGCCCUAAGAGACGAUCAUUUUAUCUUCAAAAACCAUUCAAAGAAACCAAAUAAUAAAUUCAUCGUUGCAAUUGUAAUGACAUUGAGAUGAAAAACGACAAAAGCCACCUACCAUCAUGAAACACAGCAAAGACGACAAGUGCCCUUCACCUUUAAACGUAUCAAACAAGUGCAUUUUAAACGAGAGACCGUCUGAACUGAAAAAUGGGCUAGUCAAUGGACUAGCACACGUAAAUCGCUCGACGGGCGGCAAAAAAACCAAUCGGAAAAAGAAAAACAAGAACGCCAAACAGGAGAAUGUAAAUAGUGAAACGCAACAGAACUCUAGUGUAGUAAAUGAUGUGUUCGAGCACUUUGAACACCAACGUACAGAAGACGUUGUAAAUAAUGUAGAUAGAAAGAAUGUUACUAAAGCGACGUUAGACUCGAAUGAGAAUAUCUCUUGUGAUAAAUCAUCCAAUAAACCGAAGAAUAUCGUAUCUCUACUAUCGGAUAACGUUACACAAGAUGCUCAAGUUUCUGGUGAUUCGGACGUUCCGUUAGAUAAUCUUAAGGAGCUUAGCUUAGAGGAAGAAGCGCCGAUCGGUACGAACGAAGCGGAAUCGAAGCCAAAAAUAGACUUCAUACAAUACGAAUCCGAACUGCAGAUGCCCAUGAUAAUGAAGAUCAUCCAAAAGGACCUAUCGGAGCCGUACUCCAUCUACACGUACCGGUAUUUCAUACACAACUGGCCGAAGCUGUGCUUCCUGGCCAUGUGCGAGGGGGAGUGCGUGGGGGCGAUCGUUUGCAAGCUGGAUUUGCACAGGAAGAUCAUCAAGCGCGGCUACAUCGCCAUGCUGGCGGUCGACGAGAACUACCGCAAGCUCAGGAUCGGCUCGAAUCUCGUGCAAAUGGCCAUUAACGAAAUGCUGCUGGGAGAUGCCGAUGAGGUCGUUUUGGAGACGGAAGUUACCAAUAAACCGGCUCUGCAGUUGUACGAGAAAUUAGGUUUCGUGAGAGACAAACGCCUUUUUAGAUACUAUUUGAACGGCGUGGACGCUCUAAGGCUCAAGCUCUGGUUGAGAUGAGUGGCGAAUCGAAGCGAUAACCAUUAGUGUCGAUUUCGAUAGACUCGGAUGAGGUUCUGUUAUGGUUUUUACGUAUAAAAGUGGCAAGAAGUAGUUGGUUUGUUAUAAAUUUUAUAGUUGUUGGUUUAUUUAAUUUUUUUUUCUUUGAUUAAUACUGGAACGUGAAACUGUAGUAAAGCGUCUAAGCAUCCGAAAUUUCGUAAAUUCGUUUUGGUUUUUUUUGUCGUGAAUGGGAGUGGCUUUGUAAAAGGAUAUGAUGAAAUCGAAACUAAACUAGCCAAUAAAAAAAUAAUUCAUUAGGAAUUAAAAUAAUUGUGUGCUUAAAAUGUCUUUAUUCUCGUUUUUUUCCUAUUACGAUGUACUUUACGUAGACGUGAUGUCUAUAAAUGUAUAAAAUUUUGUAUAUAAUCCAGUGUUCUUAUAUUACACUACACCUACAGG